GCCAGAGUCUGACAUUUGAGUUUUGACGGCUAUCACCUGAUAGUUAACGUCAAAUCAGAUAUGGUCAUGUUAUAGUACGGCGGCAAUAUAAAAUAAGUGUGUCCAUUUAAUUAAUAUUUGCACAAUUAUGGUGCAUUAUGCGCAGAAUUCAAAACCAGAAGUAUCCGUAACACAAAGUGCUUUUGCCGGAGCAGUAUCAGGCGCAGUAACGAGAGCAAUAGCGCAACCUCUAGAUGUCCUGAAAAUAAGGUUCCAAUUGCAAUUAGAACCGAUUAGAAAUGGAUCAAAAUAUAGUUCUGUGUUCCAAGCUGUAUCAUCGAUUAUCAAGGAAGAAGGCAUAUCGACGUUAUGGAGUGGCCACAUCCCUGCACAAAUGCUAUCCAUAUCCUUCGGUGUGGUACAAUUUUCAGUAUACGAAAAGCUGACUCAGAUGUGUCAAAAGACUGAUCCCCAGUUUUAUAUCGCUAAUAAACACUGGAUAAAUUUUUCGGUCGGUGCAAUUGCUGCUACAUUUGCCACAAUUACGUCAUACCCAUUUGAUACUGUCCGAACUAGGUUAAUAGCAGAGCAGAAAACAAAUAAAGCGUACAGAGGCUUUACAGAUGCAUUAUUUACAAUGAUUCGACAUGAAGGUCAGAUCUCUCUGUUCAAAGGGUUGGUACCAACUAUAGCUCAAAUAGCACCAUAUGCAGGUAUUCAGUUUGCUGUGUAUAAAUUGUUUACAGAUAAUAUUCUAAAUAAAAUUGCUUUCUUCCAAAGAAGUACUAAUAUGAGCUCAACCAUAGAAACAACUAUUAUUGCUAAUGCAUUUGCCGGAAGUAUGGCUGGUUUCUUUUCAAAAACAGCUGUCUAUCCUUUUGAUGUUAUAAAGAAAAGGCUGCAGAUACAGGGAUUUCAGGAACACAGGAAAGCAUUUGGCCGCCAAAUGUAUUGUAGGGGUACUGUGCAUUGUAUCUUCUUGACAAUAAGCGAGGAAGGUUUUCUAGCACUCUAUAAGGGCUAUGGACCAAGCAUAUUGAAGGCUGUAGUAGUUUCAGCCCUACAUUUCACAGUUUAUGAUGAAAUAAAACAUAUGAUUUUAAGUAUACGAUAAUUAUAAUUUAUUUAGUGUUAUUUUGUAAGAGAAACAAUAAUCAUGGAAGAUUUUUAUUAUGUAUUUUUUAUAGAACCUGUUCUGUGUGUAAGUUUAUAAGCAUAGAAUUUGAUUUGACUUAAUAUGUGAAUUUAUCAAUUUAAUUUAAAUUUGAGUCAAAAUAUAGUAUAUUAAUGUUACUUUAGAUAGUCAAGAAUAAACUGCUAUAUUUUAUGUUAUCGCUUAGAAAUCUGUGAUAGUUAAGUAUUGGUAACAUUGUAAAAAUUGCUCACUUAAAUGUUCUAGUCUGCAUAAAUUAUUUGCAAUUAAUCUGGAACACCUUAUUUAUUUUUAAUAACUCUAGUCUUAA